AGCGGCCCCUCCCCUCGCUCUCGCGGUCAUGGCGGCGCCCAGAGUCAGGGUGCGCACGUGAGCGAGGACCCCCCGCGGCGUUAGGGUCUCGGUUGCUGUCUCCGCCCUCGACUCGCCCGCCCCCUUCCCGCCAGCCCCACUUCUCGGUUCGCGGACAGUCCAGGCGCCCGCAGCCAUGAAGCCGAAACCCUUUGCCCACAAAACGGAGAACACGUAUCGGUUUCUUACGUUUGCUGAGCGACUUGGGAAUGUUAAUAUUGAUAUCAUCCAUCGGAUUGAUAGGACUGCCUGUUAUGAUGAGGAGGUGGAAACCUAUUUUUAUGAAGGACUACAGAAAUGGAGAGAAUUGAAUCUCACCGAACAUUUUGGGAAAUUUUACAAAGAAGUUGUCGGCAAGUGCCAGUCAUUCAAUCAGCUGGUUUACCAUCAGAAGGAGAUUGUCCUGAGCUUAAAGUCCCACCUGCAGAUCAAGCACAGCCUGGCCUAUCAGCCACUUUUGGACCUGGUUGUUCAGUUGGCUCGGGAUCUGCAGACUGACUUCUAUCCAAAUUUUAAAGAUUUUUUCCUGGCCAUCACAGCGAUUCUAGAGACCCAGGACACCGAGCUGUUAGAAUGGGCUUUUACGGCCCUCUCUUACCUUUACAAGUACCUCUGGAGACUUAUGGUCAAGGACAUGCCAAACAUAUACAGUUUAUACAGUACACUCCUGGCUCACCACAAAUCACAUAUAAGAAAUUUUGCAGCAGAAAGUUUUACCUUUUUGAUGAGAAAGGCCCCUUGUGUCCUUGCCUCCCGCAGUAGGCUUUGUGUACCCUGGUGCAGGACACCUCAUUCCCCUUUCUCUAUGAGUCCUGGACCCCUCCAGGUUUCGGAUGAAGACACCCUCUUUAAUUUAAUGUUUCUUGACCUUGGCAAAUAUCCCACAAAAGCGGAAGGUGUUGGACAGUUACUUUUUGAAAUGUGCAAAGGAGUUAGAAAUAUGUUCCACUCCUGUACAUCCAAGGCAGUCCGGGCAAUCCUGAAGAAGCUGGGCCCAGUUACAGAGACCGAAGCACAGCUGCCCUGGCACCUGGUGGCCGAGGCGCUCAGGCAGAUGGUCAGGGCGUCGGCUGCCUAUGUCUACAAGGACCACUUUGGCGUGUUUUGGGAGUGCUUGCAGGAAGCGCUCCUGGAGCUCCAGGACAGAGUGUCCAAGGCCCCCUCCUCAGACGGUUCAGACCAGAUGGAGAGGCUGCUGCAGGUCUACCUCAUCCUGGUGAGACACGCCAGCGGCUCCAAAAUCGGGCAGCCCGAAGCAAUCUGCACGACCAUACUGCAAACCUUGGACAUCCCCGAUCUCUCCACUUCUUGCCGUAAGGUCCUCCUCGAGGUGAUUGCCGCGUUAGUCUUGGGUGAGAAUGUUUCCUUGCCAGAGACCCUCGUCCGGAAAAGCGUGGAAAAGACUUUUGCAAGCGGCUUUGAAAGACGUCUGAUUUUUGAUUUCUCCGGAGGGAUGUUCUCCAUGAAGCAGUUUGAGCAGAUUUUCCUGCCCACUUUGUUGGAGUAUGUGGAGAACUGCUUCCUGGCCGAUGAGGCGGCUGCCAAGGAGGAGGCCUUGGCCAUCCUGGCGAAGCUCAUUCUGAACAAAGCCCCGCCGCCCACCAUGGGCUCCAUGGCCAUUGAAAAGUACCCCCUGACUUUCAAGGCGAAGUCCUUGGCACCCCGUACGAGACAGAAGAGGACCAAGACCGGCGCAGAGUCGGAGCAGCUGCUGGUGUUGGGCCACGUCCUCUCCCAAAUCCAGCUCCCGCCCAGCGCGGAGACGGGCUCUCUUUCCCACCUGUGGGCGGCGCUCGUGGUGCUGCCCCAUCUUCGACCCAUGGAGAGAGAGAAGAUAGUGCCUCUGGUCACAGAACUCAUAGACUCCUUCUUUGCGGCCAGCAGCAGCCCAGAGAGCGUUGGUAAAGAGGAGUUAUUCGUCCUGUGCCAGGCAGUAAAUACUCUGCUAAGUUUAGAAGAGUCUUCUGAAAUUCUCCAGUUGGUUCCUGUGGAACGAGUGAAGAAACUGUUGGAGACCUUCCCCGCGGAGCCCUCCGUGCUGCUGCUGGCCGACCUCUACUACCAGCGACUGUCGCUCCUCGGCUGUUCGGAGCCUCUGGCGGAGGAGACUUUGAUGAGCCUGUUUGUCAGUCUGCAACCAAACAUCUCGGCUGGCGUGUCCAAGAUUCGACUUUUGACGAUAAGAAUCCUGAAUCACUUUAAGGUCCAGCUUCCCGAGGCGAUGGAGGUUGAUGGGAUAGGGGAGCACCAGUCUAUCUUUGCUACCUUGCUGCAAUCUGAACUUGUCCCAGCAACUGUGAACGAUUACCGAGAGAAGCUUUUGCAUUUGAGAAAACUGAGACAUGACUUGGUCCAGGCGUCCAUCCCUGACGGACCUUUACAUGAGGUCCCGCUCCGGUACCUGCUCAGCAUGCUGUAUAUUAACUUCAGCGUUCUCUGGGAUCCCGUCAUUGAACUCAUCGCUUCUUAUGCCAAUGAGAUGGAAAACAAAAUGUUUUGGAAAGUCUACUAUGAACAUUUGGAGAAAGCCGCUACACGUGCUGAGAAGGAACUACAGAAUGACUUCAGAGAUAAACGUCUUCGCAGUAAAGUUGUCGAGAAGACCAAGAUGGGAGAUGUGGACACCCUUUAUCACGAACAGCUGGAACAAAGAACCGAUUGUCGGGAGAGGCUGGACCACACCAACUUUCGCUUUUUGCUCUGGAAGGCCCUGGCGAAAUUCCCAGAGAGAGUUGAGCCCCGGUCCCGGGAACUCUCCCCUCUUUUCCUGAGAUUUAUUAGUAAUGAGUAUUAUCCAGCAGACCAUCAAGUGGCCCCAACUCAGGAUCUCCUCAAGAAAGGGGAUGCAGCCUCUGAAGAGGAAAAAGAGGAGGGGGCUGCUGCCGAGGGCAACGAGGGAGCUGCAAAUGGGGAGGAGCUGCCCGAUGAGACUGUGGUACUGGGCUUCCAGAAGAAGAAGACCAGGAGAGCCGCAGCCAAGCAAUUAAUUGCUCAUCUGCAGGUUUUCUCUAAAUUUUCAAAUCCUCGGUCCUUAUAUCUGGAGUCCCAGCUGUAUGAACUGUAUCUGCAGUUACUGUUGCAUCCUGAACAAGAUGUGCAAAAAAUGGCCCUGGAGUGUAUCAUGACCUACAAGCACCCCCACAUUCUGCCUUACAAGGAGAAUUUGCAGAGGUUGUUGGAAGACAAGAGCUUUAAAGAAGAAAUUGUCCAUUUUAGCAUUUCCGAGGAGAAUACAAUUGUGAAAACAGCUCACAGAGCCGAUCUUUUUUCAGUGCUUCUGAGAAUUCUUUAUGGACGAAUGAAAAACAAGACUGGGAGUAAGACUCAGGGCAAGUCGGCCUCGGGGACGCGCAUGUCGAUUGUCUUGCGGUUCCUCGCGGGGUCUUCGUCCGAAGAGGUCCACAUGUUCUUAGACCUGCUCUUUGAGCCCGUGAAGCACUUCAAAAACGGGCCCUGCCACUCUGCGGUCCUGCGAGCUGUGGAGGACCUGGAUCUGUCCAGGGUCAUCCCCUUGGGCCGUCAGCACGGUGUCUUCAACAGCCUGGAGCUGGUCUUAAAGAACAUCGGUCACCUGGCCAGCCCCUACCUGUCGGAGAUCCUGCAGAUCCUGCUCUGCAUGACGGCGACCGUGUCCCACGCCCUUCAGCAGAGGGAGAAGAUACAACUGAGGGUCAUUAAUCCCCUAAAACAUCUGAGGCGUCUCGGACUCAAGCUGAUAGAUGAGUUUUUUUCCGAGCAGGAAACUUACAACUUCAGCACUGAUGAAAUCGAUGCUGUUUUCCAAGGUGCCAUUUGGCCUCAGAUCACCAGACUUGCAUCUGAGAGCCAGUAUUCACCAACUCUUCUGCUGAAACUUAUUCAUACUUGGAGUAAAAACCCCAGAUACUUCCCUUUGCUGGCUAAACAGAAACCUGGGGAGCCAGAGUACGACAUCCUCAGUAAUGUGUUUGCCGUUCUCUCGGCCAAGAUCAUGUCUGAAGUCACAGCCAGUGUCGUGAUGGAUAUAGCUGACAACCUCCUUAAUACGCCAGAUUUUGAACCCACAGACACAGUAUCAGAGCUGAGUGUGACUGGAUGUGUUUAUACAGAGAUAACAGAAAAUGUGGACGAGUCCAUCACUGUGGGCGGAAGGCUGAUGCUGCCCCAGGUGCCUGCCAUCCUUAAGUACCUCAGCAGGACCAUGGUCAAUGUGGAGAAGGUGAGGAAGAAGAAGUACCGGGCCCAGGUCAGCAAGGAGCUCAGCAUCCUUUCCAGGAUCAGCAAGUUUAUGAAAGACAAGGAGCAGAGCUCCGUCCUCAUCACCCUCCUCCUCCCUUUCUUGCAUCGCAGCAACAUUGUCGAGGACACUGAGAUUGAUAUCCUGGUGACCAUACAGAACUUGUUAAAGAAUUGUCUGGAGCCAACGAGUUUCCUGAAGCCCUUGUCAAGGCUUUUCUCUGUCAUUCAAAGCAAAAUGUCCCGACAGAUGCUCUGUACAGUUUUUAAGACACUUUCUGAUUAUGACAGUAGAUUGGAGUACAUUACAGAAGUGGUCAAGCUGAAUGCUUUUGAUCAGAGACACCUGGAUGACAUCAACUUUGACGUUCGCUUGUCAGCUUUCCAGAAAAUUACUUCUCGCAUCAAAGAGAUGGAAACUGUAGACAUCGCCUUCUUAAUUCCUGUGAUGCACAAUUGUUUCUACACAUUACAGCUGAAGGACAUGGCCCUGAGUGACAGCGCCAGCCUGUGCUUGACCACCAUCAUCCACCGGCUGGCGGCCGCGGACGUCACGGAGGCCCAGUACCGAGAAGUCAUUCAGCGCACGCUCUUGGAGACCCUGAGGAAAGGCCUCAAGAACCCAGCCGAGAGUAUCCAGCAGGAAUACACCACUUUACUUUCCUGUUUAAUUCAAACCUUUCCAAACCACCCAGAAUUUAAAGACUUGGUUCAGCUGAGUGACUUCAAUGAUCCUGAAAUGGACUUUUUUGAGAACAUGAAACACAUUCAGAUCCACAGGAGAGCCAGAGCCUUGAAGAAACUUGGCAAACGCCUGACAGAGGGCAAGUUUGUUCUGUCGUCCAAGUCCCUCCAGAACUACAUCAUGCCCUACGCCACGACGCCGAUUUUUGAUGAGAAAAUGCUUAAGCAUGAAAACAUAACAACCGCUUCCAUGGAGCUUAUUGGAGCUAUUUGCAGGCACCUUACCUGGCCAGGAUAUAUGUAUUACUUGAAAUUUUUCAUUCAUGUCUUACACACAGGACAGAUCAAUCAAAAGUUGGGCGUCAGCUUGUUAGUCAUAGUACUAGAAGCUUUCCACUUUGACCAUGAAACUCUUGAGAAACAAAUGGAAAAAAUUCAGAGUGAAGAAAAUGCCAUGGAGGUGGAUGUGCCCACCGAGCAGGAGCCCAUGGAGGUGGAUCCCCCCAGCGAAGAGGGGAAGAAGGAAGAGGAAGAAGAGAAGGGGCCGCGUCCGUGCGAGGCUGGCGAGAGCCUCCCGGGCCCGGCCCCGGAGAUCUCGGCCCCAGAGAUCUCAGCCCCAGAGACCUCGGCCCCAGAGACCUCAGCCCCAGAGACCUCGGCCCCAGAGACCUCGGCCCCGGAGAUCUCAGCCCCAGAGACCUCGGCCCCAGAGCCCGAGGAGGGCCUCCAGGUGCUCCCGGGCCUCCCCAAGAGCAAGCAGGAGCUGGAGUGUUUGGUCAAGCAGAUCCACAAAACCAUCAACAGCAGCGUCCUUCCCAAGCUUCACAAAUGCCUUUCUGCCACGACGAAAAGGGAGGAGGAGCACAAGCUCAUCAAGUCCAAGGUCGUCAACGACGAGGAGAUCGUUCGCAUCCCCCUGGCCUUCGCCAUGGUCAAACUCAUGCAGUCCCUGCCGCAGGAAGUCAUGGAAGCCAACCUGCCAAGUAUUUUGCUGAAAGUGUGUACCCUCCUACGGAAUCGAGCCCAGGAGAUCCGGGAUGUUGCUCGCAACACCCUUACAAAAAUAAUAGAAACCUUGGGUGUGCAUUAUCUGCAAUACAUUUUAAAAGAAUUACAGAGCACCCUUGUUCGUGGAUACCAGGUUCACGUGCUCACCUUCACUGUUUACAUCUUACUGAAAGGGCUUGCAAACAGCCUCAAAGUUGGAGAGUUGGACCCUUGCUUGGACAUCAUGAUUGGGAUCUUUAACCACGAGCUCUUCGGCAGCGUCGCUGAGGAGAAGGAGGUGAAGGGGAUCAUCUCCAAGGUCAUGGAGGCCCGGCGAAGCAAGAGCUACGAUUCUUAUGAAAUCCUCGGCCGGUUCGUCGGGAAGGACCAGGUCACCAAGCUCAUCCUUCCCCUGAAAGAGAUCCUACAGAACACCACCAGCCUGAAGCUGGCGCGCAAAGUGCACGAAGCCCUGCGCCGCAUCGUGGCGGGCCUGAUCGUCAACGCGGGGAUGACUGCCGAGUGCGUCCUGCUGCUCGGCCACGGGCUCAUCAGCGAGAACCUCCCUCUGUUAACAGAGAAGGAGAGGAGCCAAGCCGAGCCCCUUCCCGACCCGCGCCUGCCCCCGCAGAGCUGCCUCCUGCUCCCGCCCACCCCCAGCCGAGGCGGGCCGAAGGCGGCCGUCAGCCGCAGGACCAACAUGCACAUCUUGGUGGAGGCUGGGCUGCGGCUGCUGCACAUGAGCCUGAAGCGGUCCAAGGUGAACUCCUCCGACGAGCGCGUGCUGGAGAUGCUGGAUCCUUUCACGUCCCUGCUCAUCGAUUGCCUCAAGUCCAGAGAUGCCAAGGUCAUCACGGGAGCCUUGCAGUCUCUCAUCUGGGUGCUGAAGUUCCCCCUGCCCUCCGUCACGAAGAACUCGGAGAAGCUCACCAAGCAGCUCUUCCUUCUGCUCAAAGACUACGCCAGGCUCGGGGCUGCCAGAGGCCAGAACUUCCACCUGGUCGUCAACUGCUUCAAGUGUAUGACCUUCCUCGUGAAGAAGGUCAAGUGCCACAAGAUCACCGAGAGGCAGCUCCAGGUCCUGCUGGCCUACGCCGAGGAGGACAUCUACGACUCGUCGCGCCAGGCGACCGCCUUCGGGCUCCUGAAGGCCAUUUUAUCAAGAAAAUUGAUGGUCCCAGAAAUUGAUGAUGUCAUGAAAAAAGUGUCCCAGUUUGCAAUUACUGGACAAAGCGAACCAGUCAGAGUCCAGUGUAGACAGGUUUAUCUGAAAUACCUUCUUGACUACCCUAUUGGGACCAAACUGAAAUCCAACUUGGAGUUCAUGCUGGCUCAGUUGAACUAUGACUACGAGGCGGGGAGAGAGUCUGCUUUGGAAAUGAUUGCCCACCUGUUUGAAACCUUCCCUCAGGGGCUGCUCCACGAGAACUGCGGGCUCUUCUUCGUUCCCCUGUGCCUCAUGAUGAUCAAUGACAACUCUGCCAAGUGUAAGAGGAUGGCUUCCAUGGCCAUCAAGCUGUUGCUCACUAAAGUCAGCCUGGAGGACAAAGACCUGAUGUAUGUGCUCGUGGCCAAAUGGUUUGGGAGUCAGAAGAGUCUGCAGAAGCGCUUGGCUGCCCAGACCUGUGGCCUCUUCGUGGAGGCCGAGGGCCCAGCUUUUGAGAGGAGGUUCGCGACGGUCCUCCCUGUGAUCGAGAGAGAGCUUGAACCUUCCCAGCUCCGGGAUCUCAUUGAAGAAACUGAUGAAAAAGCGUCAGACCGACUUCUCUUUGGUUUUCUUAUUCUGAUCACUAAACUCAUCAAGGAGUCCAAUUUUCUCCAGCUCACCAAAUAUCCGGAGAGUCUGAACAAUAUCUGGAGUCACAUCCAGACCCAUCUGUCACACCCCCACAGCUGGGUAUGGCUCACUUCAGCCCAGAUUUUUGGACUGUUGUUUGCCUCCUGCAAACCAGAGGACCUGAUUAAGAGGUGGGCUGCCCAGCAGUCUAAGAAGAAGCAGUCAGGCCCGGUAGCCAUUAACUUCCUCACAAAGGACCUGGAUCACAAGAUGAAAAGACUGGCUUUAGCUUUUUGCUUUCAGUUGCAGUCGAAGUUUCUGGAUAUGUCUCUGGGAGAACAGAUCGUUAAGAAUCUCUUGUUUGUGGCCAAAGUCAUCUAUCUGCUGGUGCUCCAUGCAGCAGAGAAGGAACAGGCCCCAGAGGAGACCGGGGAGGCGGCUGCCCCAGAAACAUCCCAGGCCGCCAGCAGCGAGGAGGGGGCCGGGCGCUCCGAAGAGGCCCCCGACAAUGAAAACGAGGCGGCUGGGUCGGCGGAGAAGGCCGGGGCGGAGGAAGAGCUCGGCAGGCCCGCCAAUCUCUUCUGGCUGAUCCACAAGCUGUCUGUCAUGGCCAAACGAGAAGCCGCCUACUCGCCCAAAAAUCCUUUAAAGAGAACCUGCAUCUUCAAGUUCCUUGGAGCUCUGGCCCUUGAUCUGGGCCCGGACAAGGUGCGGCCUUUCCUCCCCAUGAUCCUCGCCCCGCUGUUCCGGGAGCUGAACAGCACCUACUCAGAGCAAGACCCUUCCCUGAAGAACCUCUCCCAGGAGAUCCUGGAGCUGCUCAAGAAGAUGGUGGGCCUGGAGGCCUUCUCGCUGGCCUUCGCCUCAGUGCAGAAGCGGGCCAGAGACAAGAGGGCGCUCCGCCUGAGGCGCAAAGCCAUGCAGUUCGUCACUAACCCCGACAUCGCGGCCAAGAAGAAGAUGAAGAAGCACAAGAACAAGAGCGAGGCCAAGAAGAGGAAGAUCGAGUUCCUGCGGCCGGGCUACAAAGCCAAGAGGCCCCGGAGCCAGGGCCUGCGCGAUCUGGCCAUGGUGGAGUGAGGCCCCGGCCUGCCGGGCCCGUGUACAGUACCGUGUUAAUAGCGCCCCUGGUUUUAAACAUUAAAUACGCUGAAAGUUCGCUGCCCCUGGUCUGCAUUUGUGCGCCCGUGUACAGAGGGAGGCAGCCCCGCUUUCCAGAGAACGAGAAGGAAAGCUUUUUCUCCUUUUGCGCUGCGGGGGCCCGAGGCUCCUGUCGGAAGUGAGUCUGGUGAAGCCGGGGCCCUUCCGCAUGAAUGCUCCGGAGAGAUGGAAGAAAAGGCUGGUUCAGGUAGAGUUUAGGGCUAGGCGAGAUGGCCUCUCUUUUUUCCCGUCCAACCUCACAGACCCCCUGAGCCCCCUCUCCUCCUCCUCCUGUGGGUCUCAGAUCAAGGGCCUUGGGCGACAUCUGCCUUGGGAUCUGGCUCCAUCCCCUACGGGGGCUGGGGACAGGUCGCAGGGCGGAGCCUUCCCAUAAGGUAAUGCGAAUUUGGGGCAAGUCAUUUAAUGAUACGGAUCCCUGCCUAGUGCUAAGCACCUGUAGUGACUCACUUAAGGGUCCCCGACUCCCCUGGGAGGUAGGGGACGCUAUCAGCCCCUUUUGCGGAAGAGUAGACUGAGGCUGGCGGGGGUUCAGUGACUCGCCUGGGUCCCACAACUCCCGGGUGUCUGGCCCAGCCGGCACCCCUUAGCUCUCUUCAGAGAAGGUGCCAACCUAGGUAGGAGUUUGUUCCUCGGGAGUUCCUCAUACCAAUGAAACUCGGGCAGAACCAGUUGUUGGCCAUCUCCCCAACCGAGUCAGAUUUCGGAGUCUGCCAGUGUUGCUUCUACCUCAGACUUCUCCUAGAGCCUUGACAUGGCCUUGUGUUCCGGUGGUCCAGUUUAAAGUUCGCGUCCCCACUGUCCGCUGAUCUCAGUGACCCUUUCCCCGUGGCCAGUAGUAGUUGACCGUUUUGUACAGUGUUGUUGCUUGCCUGACAGAUGUAAUUGUUGUCUUGUAUUUCUAUUACCCUUUGACCCAGUAUGAUUGACAGCUGUCACCUAGUGGUGUGGCCCAUCACACGCUAGCAAGUCAUCUCGUUUUUAAUCUAUAUUUGCAAAUGUCUCAAUAUUAAAGUUGUUAUGUUUUAUGGAAA